AGGGAAGAAGUGGGGAUUCUAAGCCAGCAUCAGUUGUGGAAUGAAUGGUAGAGAGGCGGCUGGAAUGUAAGGUUCAGCUAUACUUAUCCCUGUUUGGCAGAGUUUAGGAUAGAGUCAUCCACCCUUUGAAGGAUCAGGCAAAAAGAUGGCUUUGGUUCCUUAUGACAGCACGGCUCUUUGGGGAAUGCAGAAGUUACAUAAAUCUUCCUCUACAUUCUGUUUUGCCAACCAUACAAUUCACAUUAAGCAGAAUUGGAUGCAGUUGGGUGUAGCCGCUGUGGUGUGGGAUGCGGCGGUAGUUUUGUGCACUUUCCUGGAGACGGGAGGCAUUGAUCUGCAGGGACGCAGGGUGAUUGAGUUAGGAGCUGGGACAGGCCUCCUUGGAAUUGUAGCUGUGUUACUUGGUGCUCAAGUUACAAUCACAGACCGAAAGCCAACAUUACCCUUACUUGAGUCAAAUGUGCAAACUAAUUUACCUGUCAACCUUCAGUCAAGAGCAGCAAUAAAGGAACUUACCUGGGGACAACAUUUGGCAGACUUUUCUCCAGGAGAAUAUGAUAUUAUCUUGGGCGCAGACAUAGUUUAUCUGGAAGAAACAUUUGCAGAUCUUCUUCAAACAUUGGAUUAUCUCUGCUCUGAUGAGACUGUGAUCCUGCUAUCAUGCCGCCUCCGUUAUGAGCGGGACCAGAAUUUCCUGAAGAUGCUUAGAGAACAUUUUACAGUCCAUGAAGUGCUCUAUGACUCUGCUAAUGAUGUGUAUAUAUUUAGAGCCCAGAGAUAUGUCCUGUGAUAGGUCUGAUCAUGAAUUCUUGUCAGCUCAUGUCUUCUCUUUCCUUUUCCUUGCCCCAAUAUUGGAUCAAAAACUUCCAUGCAGCAUCUCCCUCCCUCCCUCUCCCUCUCCCUCUCUGUUGCAAUGGAAGUACUUUAUGAGUAUAAUGUGAAACUAAUGUAUUUUUUGUUUCCUUAUUUGGAAUUAAUUGAGUUUCCUAUAAGGACUUCUUGAUUUACUCAUUGUUAAAGUAAAAAUUAAAUCAGGUGAGCCAUCAAAGGAUAGCAAUCUGUCAAUUAUUUUUGAAGAAAUAACUGAAAAACUGUAUAUGGUCGUAAGAUUGAUGGGCUAAUUGCCCAUACAAUUCUCUUUAAGUCAGCUGGCCGAUGAAUGUAACUUCCUCAUAAAUACAGGCAAAAGCAAAAGGAAACAUACAUUUGAAAGAAGAAAAAAAUUGUUUCAGAAAAAAGGCUUGGGAUAAGGAUGGGGCUUCCUUGGAUGAGUGACAUGGGUUAUCAAAGAGAGAUGUAUAGGUAGUCCAUAGCAUAUGACCAGUCACUUGACCACCAAAGUUAAUAAUGUACUUAUGACCUGUCCAUGCAGUUAUCACUCCCGGUCAUGUGAUUGUAUUUUAGGUGUUUGGCAACUGGCUUGCAUUUAUGACCAGUAGCAGCAUCCCAUGGCCAUGUGAUAGCAUUUUGUGAUUUAUUUAUUUUUUUGCUGCUUUCCAACAAAAAAAUGACCAAACUGGGUUUGGACUUACAACUACAUGAUUCACUGGAUAGCCAUUUGUCUGAAAUAGUAUAGGGUUUCCUGCCUGAGCAGGGGGUUAGACUAGAUGACCUCCAAGGUCCCUUCCAACUUUAUUAUUACUUAAUGUCAUGAUUUGCUUAAUGACUGUUGUAAAAAGCUGUGAUCUACAGCUUGCAUAACUAUAGCCAUUUUUUAGAAUUGCUUUUCACAUUACAUCUCUUCAAACAUUUUCACCAUGUUAUACUUGUGAAGUUGGAAACAGUUUCAUUUUCACAAAGAGCAUAAAAUACAUACUUGCAAAAAUAUCUUAGCUUAGUUGUGCUUCCAGUUAAUUGUGCUCACAAUUCCUUCACCUUUCUGUCCAAGGUUUUCUGGUUUCCAGGGACUUUUUCAAAGUGUUCUGGCAGGGUUGUUCGUUCCCACAAGGAUCAAGAGGAAAAGACAGUUGUUGAUGAGGUUGAAUAUUCUUGGUAAUUAAGUCAUUAAGGCAAGUCCUAAUCUUUAGAAACCACAUUUGCAGUCAAUAAAUGUAAGCAAAGAAGUGAGUACCGGAGCCAACUUUGUCCAGCUAAGACAAAGUCUGUGGUGCAUUGCCAAGAUUAAACUACUUGAUUAGAUCUGUAAUUUCAUUAUUUGUCACUUGGGGCCAUGAGAUAUGAUGGCUUAAGCCAUCUCUGUUUGAAAAGCAGGUGUCUGCUCAUAGAGUUUUAAAAUGGUCCACCAGACAGCAACCAAUGUUUAAUAAGGCUAAGGUGGGCAGGCAGAAAGGUAAAGGGAGUUGCUAUUUGUUUUUCUACGCAUGCCACUCUAAUUAAUUGUUGCCAAGUUUCCCUGAGUGACUGCUAUUUGGGUACCAAAUUCGAUUUGUCUAUCAUCUUUUCAUGGGGAGUGGACUGGAGUGUGGAGAAGCAUCAUUGCUGCCUCCAUUGAAGUAGAUUAAUUAGUAUAUGGUUUCUUAUACAUGGUUUUAUACAAAUGUAUACAGUAUAGCUGCCCAUUUACGUAAGAUAUUCUGGAAAGUAAACAGAAAUAAAACAUAAGCAAAAUAUACAAAUUCAGUUCAAAACAAACUGGACUGGGACUAUGAAUAUUAUCAAAAUAAUAAAUUAGAAGUUGUAACAGAAUCACUGCUCAGUGCUGUCUGUAUGUAACAGCUAAAGCUCUGCAGUGGAAUUUGGACUGGACAAAUGUGCCACCCUUCAAGCUGACAACUUCAAGAACAAAGAAGUGAUGAGGAAGGUUAGAAGUGAAUAUAUCAUCAGAGUAAAGAAGUCCAAACUCAGUGGAGGAAAAGCUCUAGUAGUUAAGGCAAAAGGCUAGAAAGUGGGAGACCAUGAGUUCAAGUCCCACCUUAGUCAUGAAAGCCAGCUGGGUUGUUUUGGGCCAUUUACUCUCAGCUCAACCCACUUCACAGCGUUGUUAUGGGGAAACAAGAGGAGGAAGAUGUGUUGGAUAUGUUCACCACAUUGAGUUAGUUGUAAAAUGUAAUAAAGAUGAGGUACAAACAAAUAAAUAAGGCAAUUAACACCUGGGCAAUUCCAGUCAUUAGAUACAUUGCUGAAAUAAUGGACCGCACUCAAGUAGAACUAAAAGUCUGGAUAGGAAAACCAGAAAAAUUACAACAAAUUAUGUCCUUCAUCCACCCUGUGACAUCGACAGACUCUACUUACCAAGGAAAAUAGGUGAGCAUGGAAUGUUGCAAGUACACCAGAUAAUUGAAGAAGAAAAAAAA